AUGGAGCUGUCAUUGGUGAACAGCUGGUACGAUACUAACGAGGACGCAAUGUCUCAAACAACCGUUCAAGAGGUAGUUUUGGAGACAAAUGUUGAUGUUGACAGACAAUCCCUAACCGAAGUCGAGGUAAAUGGCUAUGUCGACAAGCACGGGCAUGUGCUCGUGAAUGGAGGUACACCAUUGGAGAAAGUGCCGGAGGUCGAUGUCGUCAGCCAAUUGCGCUUAUUGCGCAAUUUCAUUUUGAACCUGCCGUUAUUUAUUCGAGAUGAGUCGAAAAAGCUGGUUGCCACUGCCAGUGAAAGAUUCGCUGACGUUCGAAGUUACAUCAAAUGCAAUGAAGCCUUUCUGAAAGAUAUGAUGGUCAAGACAGUCGCGAUCGUCUUAGCCGUCUCAGCCCUUUUUUCAUUCGUCAUCGCUUAUCGGGUGGGAAAGACCUUUUACGCGAUUGAAGAUACCUAUAUCUGCCGGGGUCUUACAUCGGUGGACUCCGUCUUGGGCACUUCACUAGGACCAACGCUUUGCGCCACUUUUCACGAUGACGUCUAUGCAGAAGCUCAGCACGAGGCAACAGCAUUGCUUGGAGAGAUACGCACAGGCAUCACCUCCGUGCUUGCCGACAUCAUUAAGGGGCUUACCGUGAUGGUGCGCUUAGCUCUUGCCAUCAGCGAUCAUCUUUUUGGAGCGCUGUACGACGGGCUAUAUGAGUUGUGGGACAAUAUGACCGAUAAUCUCAGUUUCCUAGUCGACUUUUUAGCUGGAGUUUACCACUUCCUCAUCCGUAUUUUCCUGGCAGGCGUGGAUCCGGUCGUCGCCGUAUUCUGGAGCGCCUGCGCCGCAGCCAAAAGCAUUUUUGUCCGGGAAGAAACCGGAUGGUUCUCU